AUGGGUUUCCAUCCAAAUAUCAUUUGUUGGGUUAAGGCUUGUAUUACAAGUCCUUCUUUCUCCAUAUGUAUCAAUGGGAGCCUUCAUGGGUACUUUAAAGGGGCUCGGGGUCUGAAAGGUGACCCCAUGUCUCCUUAUCUUUUUGUUAUGGUGAUGGAGAUUCUUUCCAAAAUUCUAGUUGAAAAAUCUACCCAUCUUGAUUUUAAGUUCCAUUGGAGGUGUGAUAAAACUAAAAUUGUGAAUCUGUGUUUUGCAGAUGACCUUAUGAUUUUUUGCAAAGGGGAUAAGUUUACUGUUUCGGUAAUUAAGGAAGGGUUAGAUGAAUUCCAAAGCCUAUCUGGGUUGUCCCCUAGUCCCCAUAAGAGUCAUAUUUUUUUCUCGGGGUGUGAGAAAAAGUUGCGUGACGAGCUACUUAAUGUUGUCAAGUUUAAUAAGGGUGUAUUACCGAUGAGAUAUCUAGGUGUUCCUUUAAUCUCAACUAAGUUGAAAUCUAGUGAUUGCGACAAACUUGUUGAGAGCAUUAGAAAUAGAAUCAAGAGUUGGACUAACAAAUGUCUUACAUAUGCUGGUAGAGCUCAACUGAUUCAAUCCAUUCUCUUUUCGAUGCAAGUGUAUUGGUCCUCGUUGUUUAUCCUCCCAAAGAAGGUUGUCAAAUCUAUUGAGAGUCUCUUUAGAUCUUUCUUUUGGUCUGGUUGUGAGCUUAGGAAAUAUGGGGCUAAAGUGUCUUGGAAGCAUGUCUGCUCCCCCAAAUAUGAAGGGGGUCUUGGUUUUAAAUCCAUAGAGGUGUGGAACAAAGCUGCAGUGGGCAAGCAUAUAUGGUUUCUUUUCUCCGGAGGAGAGCAGUCUAUGUGGUGCCAGUGGGUGAAAUCCUAUUUACUUAAAGGUCAGAGUCUAUGGAGGGUUAAAAUGCCUAGUGACCCUUCUUGGGUCUGGAGGAAAAUUCUAUCCCUUCAUCCUGUCAUUUACCCUUUGAUUCUGCACAAAAUUGGGAAUGGGGAUGAUGUUUUCUUGUGGUUUGACAAUUGGCAUCCUCUUGGAUAUUUGUGGGCGAGGUUUGGUGCUAGAGUUGUCUAUGAUACUGCCUUUGGGAUGGAUGCUAAGGUUAGUAGGAUUGUUAAUAAUCGUUCUUGGAGUUGGCCCAGGAGAAGGAGGAGCUUCUUACAGGAGUUGAUUAAGCAUACCCCGCUUACAUUUACUCCCAACUCUGGUAAUGAUACUGCUAUUUGGGUGCCGUCUUCUGAUGGGGUCCUCAUAAUAUCCCUAAGUCGAGUUUGGGAAAGUUUUAAAGGGAAACUUAAUGUGAAUUGGCCCCAUCUACUUUGGCCUGACAUUGUUCAGUUGGUUUCUAAAAUGGUCAAAGGUAAAUCUCUUAGUGCUGUGGUCACAAAACUUGCAUUUACUUGUACUGUGUAUCAGCUUUGGAUUGUUAGGAACAAUUGCAUAUUUAGAAAGGAAAAGAUUCAUGAAGAGAUUGUGAUUAAAGGCAUUGUGGAUAUGAUUAGAUUUCGAGUAAUGUCUAUUACUAACCUCAAAUUGCAUCCUAGUGACAGUUGGUACAUGGAUAAGAUGGAACUGCUAGCUGUGAGUGAUAAUAACCAAUCUCAGUACAUGGAUCUGAAGUUUUUUGAGUGGAGUGAGAAUCUAAAUUGCUACUUUAGAUUAAGGAAGGGUGAUGCGUUACUCAAAGGCUGCUGGAAAAAGUGGCUGUUUUGUGUAAGGAAUAGCUCUCUCUUUGCUGGUAGCAGUUCUUAUUGGAACAAUAGGGACACGGUUAUUGGAUGA